UAUGCAGCCACGUUGCAAGACUGGGUCUUGAAGAUAUCGGAAUUAUCUCUCAGGUAUCUGAAAACAGAUCGUCAGAAGUUAGUUUACCAGUUACUCCACUUGUGACAACAUCGCCUGCAACAUCUGGUCUGUCGUCUGCUUUUAUUCAUAGAGUUUAGCUUCUAAUGUGAGUUUGUAUCAAUUCUGUAAAAAGGAUAAAAAACGUUUUCAUUGAGGGUGUAAACCUUUGCUGCUCUCGUGAAGGGGACGAUCGUGAACGGAUAACUAUUUCAUGGAUGAAAGACAACAACUCAUUGAAUUCGGAUUUUUUUAGAAGAGGACCGAAUAGACGCACGAAAUGGAGAUUUCACCGAUUGUGACCUCUCUUUUUUACGUUUUCGUUUUGCUUUCUUCUGUGAUUCUGGAAACUCUGCCAUGUCCAGGGAAACAUUUCCCGCGAAGUUUGGCGGAACGCGUAGUGUCCAGUGAUGUGAUUUUCUGGGGUGAGAUCGUGUCCAAGAUGGUUGACCAUCAGCGCAGUGAUGGGACGGACGUGGCAUAUUCGGCCGAGGUCCGGGUCCACUGCGUCCUCAAGGGGCGGGUCAGGUCCAGGAUUAUCGUGGACGAUAUCGGUAAGGUAUCAGGCAAAUGCAAAGCGAUAGACUUCAUAGAGAAUGAACAGUACAUCAUGCUGCUGAGGGUGGACCGCCAGGGGCGCUACGUGCCAACAUUCGACCAGGAGAUGUACUCGCAGGGUGAGCUGGACAGAAUAUAUGGUUACUGUGGUAUCAAUAUCUCACAGCCUGCAGAAGAAGCAGAAAAAGAAUCCUCAUACGUUGAUUGUCCCAAUAUACCAAGCAGACGAGUAAUCAACAAAAAAGAAGCAAACCGGUGCACGCCUGUAGACCGGGUCCAGCGUUGGGAACACUCAGGACCGCAGCCACAACCGCGGGUGACCAUCAUCCCCGUCAUCAACGCCCGCACCAGGGAGUUGGAGCGGCCUACUCGGCGGCCAGGGAGGAGGAGGAAGGGCAAAGGCAGGGACCAGCAGGAUGAUGAUAUGGACGUGGGGAGGCAGGAUAGGGAGCAGGCUGGAACUCCGGCAGAUUCAAGUAAAGCAACUGGCAAGCGGCGAUACCCCGUGUACCCCACUCAGAGUGUGGUCGCAAUCAUCUACGAAAGGCGGGAACCCAGGAGCCACGCAUCAACAAUCUCGCCGCAGAUGAUAACAAAUUUAUUGACAAUUUCUUCGUUAGUUUUGUUUUAUUUGAGAGGAUUUUGAAAGAUAUGAUCAAUGACAAUUUAAAUAAAUUAGUCAUCUAUCAAAUCCCGGAUCGGCAGACGACACGACCAACCGGCAUUUUGGCGGCCAUCUUGCUUGUCGUCUGCUCUUGCGAGUCAGAAACGCGAAAGGGCCUUAACAAAAAUGCCAUUAGCAAAUUAACAGAGGAUUGUGGUAAAGCAAAUAUUUCUUUUCAUUCUUGACAAUUGCCAUGGAUUGAUGCAGUGAUUCUGCUGCAAAUGAAUAAAGGCAAAAAGUGAUUUCUGUCUUAGGUUUCGGGAGUCAUUUUUACGGCAUUGCCCUGGAGUUCGCGGGCGACUGUGAAGUGCCUCAGUGAAAACCACGUGGAAACUCGUGAACGGACUGGGCUUCGCUGCGUCUGCGCCAUGCAAUUCGACGGACUUGAGAUGGGGAUUCGAUGAAAUUGCAGUCAUUCUUUUCGUAGCUACUUGUCUUACGGGAUUAUAGUUUGUUAGCAGCAGUAAUGCUGAUGCUUAUGUAGCUAUUCAUUCGCAAAUGCAGUCCCUUGGACGACUGGUGGUGACAAGAAAUACCAGGACCGACCACACCCUAUUGCGGGAAAGUCGCACUUUCAGGAAUGAAAACGCGAUUUGCGCAGUGCAAAUGUUUCAUUUUGUUACAGAUAUUCUGUGUAAACAUUUAAAAUCUAUAUACCUGUAUCAAAGCUUGAGAUAGUCUAUUGUAAAUAUACAAGCCUACACAAUGUAAAUAUGUUUGACGGUAGGGCUUAGAUUUCACAAUAAAUGUCAGUAUUUCAUCCAUCAACACAUUCUAGGUUUUGGCCAGAUCAAAGGAACUCCUUCAAGGCUGCGGACUUGGCCACUUCCUGAAACAAGAACUUAGCUUUUUGGUUAGAUAUAGAUAUUUAUCUAUCAUAGCUUAGAGCAACAAACUCGCAGAGAGCAGUUGAAUUCAAGGAGGUCAGAGACCUGAAGGUUAUUUGGAGGGGAUGUAUUUCACCAUCCAUAAACAAGAAACAAGAAAUUAGCUUUUGGCAAUAUAUUGAUCUCUUAUAAACAGAGCAGAUAAAUUCAAAGGAAAAAGAAAAUAUAGGCAAGGUUGUAGGGGGUUGGUGGGUGGGGUUACGUUCUAGUCUGUAUAUAGGAGGAAUCAAAAUAAAGUCUUUCUACUUA